CAUGCUUAAUUCAUAGAUACUUCUAUAAACAUACUAAAUUCAGGAACUGCAAAUGUUAAUGAGACAGACAUAUGUUAACGAUAUACAGUAAUUUUAUCAUAUUCCUUAAAAAUGAAUAUCAGGAGAAACCAAUGCAGAUGGUUGUUUGCACAGAUCUGGAUCCAUUUUUUUAUGCACUCUGGAAUUGUCUAUUCACAGUUACCCGCAGGCAAGUACUGCCAAGCUGCCAACAUUGCUGCAACACUAAAAUUGUUGACUGGAAAUCGUACAUAUCGCCGGAAAUCUUAGAAAAAUACUUGGGACAAGAUAAUGAUGCUAUGGAAUACCAAACCAGUUUAUUCGAAGGCGAUAUCAAAGAGAUUGAUCGCGAUUCGGGAAAAACAAACGUGUCGGAAGGUGGCAACAACUUUUCCAAUGAUAAGAAUAUCCGAUGGCCAGACGGAAUAAUCCCGUAUUUAAUUAGCUCGGGCUUCAGUAAAAUACCGAAGAGCGGAUGAAUAUAAGGAAAGCUCUACGAGAAAUUUCCGAUGCUACAACGGAUUGUGUCAGAUUUAUUGAAUACACAUCUCGACAUAAACACUACAUCCGGUUUGCGAAGAGCAGGAUGUGCGCAUCCUGCAUCGGUCGGAGGACCGGCAUGCAGAUGAUCGAGCUUUCAUCCCAGUGUGUCAAAGAGCUUGGGACAAUCCAGCACGAAGUGAUGCAUGCUUUGGGAUUCUUCCACGAAAUGAGCCGCCGGGAUCGAGAUGAGUAUGUCACCAUCAACUACGAAAACAUAUUAACAGGCGCAGCUUUCAAUUUUGACUCACGGAAUGGAAGAACAUUCGGCCUGCCAUACGAUUACUCUUCCGUGUUACAUUAUUCGAUCUUCGAUUUCGCCAAGGACAGCAGUGUACCGGUGAUUGUGCCCACGAGAAAACCGGCCCAGUGCAUCGGACAGAGGAUCAAUCUUAGUUUCUUGGAUGCCGUAAAAAUUAAACUGGCUUACGGCUGUAUGGAUGAAUCUGAGAUUCCGCGCAUUAACUGGGAGGAGUCUAUGCGCAAUCAUCCUAUGUGUGGUCAAAUGGCCUUACAAAUGAACGAAGCCUUGACCGUGGGCAAGAACUACUUUUCUCCGUCUAUGACCUUUCGGCUGGUGUUACAAUCUGACCACAAUCUGGUGUUGUAUCGUGAAUGCGAUGGUUGGCCGGUAUUCAUGACGCACACCAAUGGACUGCCGUCAGUACGAGCCAUACUACCCGAUGAUGGGCAUUUUCAAUUGGAAAAAUGGGAUGUUAAUGGAGGUCUGCGAGUUCCUUAUUGGACUAGCGAAACCUGGGGCUAUGGUGAAUCCCAGCUGGUUGUUUCGGACUCUGGGUAUUUGUAUCUAAGCAAUUAUACGGUGGGAGCGUAUUGGAGAUCGUCCGGUCACCAUAAUCAUGGUUGCAAUGGUACAUCGGAGUACAUACCUGCAAAAAUGUAUAAACAUCAUGUUAUUUUGAGAGCGGGGGAAAAUCUGGAUUUGGAGUCAUCAUAUGCGUCCCCCAACAAACUGUUUUCCCUGGAAAUAGACCGGCAACAUGGACAUCACCUCAUUGUAUGGCGACGCUGUGAUCAUCGCCACGGCUUCAAAGCGAUGGCACGGCAGACCAUUGCCCGUGUGACGCUACAGGAUGAUGGUAAUCUUAUGAUGUACGACGAAUAUGACAAUCUUUUAUGGUACACCGGGACCUAUUCACCGGAUUAUGUCGAACCUGAAUUACGUCUGUACGAUAACGGGUUUCUUUAUCUGUGCGAUCAUUACGGAUGUUAUUGGCAGUCAAGCGGGUUUCUUGAUACGUGUUCAUGAAAUCACGCAAAUCUUUUAUUUUAUCAGUAUUCUGAAAAUAAGUUUUUCUCAAGAGUUUUUGUGUGUUUGUCGAAAAAUUAGCCAGGCGAUUAUUUCAUGGUUAUCGAAUUUGUUGAUUUAUGUCAAGGCUGCAAUAAAAGGAACA